UAAUAACCCAUGCGUGUUCUGCGUGCUCACGGUUUGUUUUGAUCGCUGUCGGUGAGUGCAUGCGCUCGUGAUAUGGCCUUCUCUCUGUUCCCGUACUUCCUGUCGAUUUAUGGAUCUAUGGAGUCUAAAAAUCGCGACUUUCAGCCCUGGAGAGACUACAUGGGAUUAGCGGAGAUGAUCAGAGCGAUGCAGCGGACACCUGCGGCACUUUCAGAGCGUCAGGUCGAGAGCUCGCGAUGUGGUGACAAGAGCGAAGAUGCCGCCGCGACCAUGGAGUCUCCAAACACCCCCAACAAGCGUACGCGCACGGCUCCGGUGAGGGAAAAGGGGGGCGCGGAACCCGCAACGCCCGGCAAGAGCAUCAGCAGCCCACCCGACAAAAAGUUCUGCAGCUUCUGCAAACAUAACGGCGAGUCGGAGGCGGUGUUCGCCUCGCAUUAUUUAAAGGACCGAAACGGAGACGUGGUGUGUCCGUACUUGAGCCAGUACGUGUGUCCGCAGUGCGGGGCCACAGGAGCUAAAGCGCACACCAAGAGGUUCUGCCCACUCGUGGAUGAGACUUACAGCUCCGUGUAUGUCAGAUCGACAUGGUGAAACUGGACUGGAUUUUGCCCAAGAUGUGGACGAGACACAUUGUAGGCUACUCACAGUCAGGAUUUUGUUAAAUGGAAAGGAGGACAUUUUUUCUAAAGGUUUUAAUGUUUAAGUUUAACCAUUUAAGUGUUUGUUUUAUCUGUAACACCCACGGCUUGUGUCCGAGUUUGCAUGCAUGUAUAUGUGCUUCCACGGUUUGAUUUUGCACUUUCUGCCAUUUCUUUGUGUGCACUAUGGUGGUGUGUGUUUCAUUUGGGGGUUUGGUUUUGUUUUAUCCCUUUUAAACAAACUUGUACACAUGCCAGUAGGCUCGCUACAGGUGCAACAGAGUUUGAACAUCCGACACUAUUAACAAGCUCUUGCUUGUUUAACUUGAUAAAAAAAAAAAAAAAGUCUUUGCAUUUGAUAUACUUUUAAUAUAAGACUCUUUGGUGCAAUUUUUUAAAAGUAGUUUAUGUGAAUA